AUGGCCAAGGUGAAGUGGCAAUUAAGAAUGACGGAGAAAGUGGAAAUUCUAGAAGUUGAGGAUUUUGAGGAGAGAUUCCGAAGCUUCAGCAAGACAGAUGCAGUUCUGCUACCUCUGGCAACCAGGAGUGUCGGCUGCAGACAGUUCGAAGCCAAGUCCAAUUCCAGGAACUGCUGCCAGAGCCACCUCACCCAAGCGCCUGGCCAGGGUGAGGGCCAAAGGAGAGGAGGGGGCGAAGCCGAGGAUCCAGCUAGGAGGAAACGCUGGUCCUGCCCCUCUCCUCUGGCUGCUCCCCAGCUGCCCUCGCCCUGGGAGCCUGAGUCCAGAAAGCAGGAGGUGCUGACUCUUGAGGACAGAAACAUGGGCCCUGCGGGCUGUGUCUUCCUGCUGCCCCUUCUGCUGGGAAAUCUCUGCAGUCAGGUCAGCCCGCAAUUGGGCGAGUCCCACGUCUGUGGAGGUUCCCUCAUCGGUGACAGGUGGAUACUGACAGCAGCACACUGCCUACACAGGCGCUGGAUUCCUUUCUUAUAUACUGUGUGGCUGGGAUCAAUUGACAUAGGCCAUUCAAAUACAGGCAUGUUCCGAAUUGUCAUCCAUCCCAAACACCAUGGUACCACUGCAGACAUUGCCUUGUUAAGGCUGUUCUCUAGAGUCACCUACAGUUCUUCCAUCCUGCCUAUUUGCUUGUCCAGUGUCAAAAAGCAGUGGACAAUUCCAGACUCUUGCUGGGUGACUGGAUGGGGAAAAGCAGAAGAUGAAGAUUCUGACUACCCUACCAUCCUCCAAGAAGCAGAAAUACCUAUCAUUGAACACCAGCACUGAGAAAUAAUCUACAACCCGGUGGGUUACCUACUACCACAAACAGAGCCUGUCAUCCAGGAAAGCAUGAUUUGUGCUGGUGAUCUUGAGAAAAGAAAGGAUACUUGCCAGGGUGAUUCUGGAGGGCCUCUGUCAUGUCAUAUUGAUGGUAUAUGGAUCCAGAUAGGAUUGUCAAGCUGGGGAACAGGAUGUGGUCUUUCUUUUCCUGGAGUCUACACCAACGUGACCUACCACCAAAAAUGGAUUAUGUCCGUUACCUCAAGAGCUGAGGUCUUGGAUGCCAACAACCUGGACUUACCUGACUUCUUGCUCCCUACUGUACUGUUCUCUCUGGCUCUCCUGGGACCCGCCUGCACCUUUGGGCCUAACAUUUUAGCGGGAGAGUAG